AUGGUCUUCGGAAAAAGCAGCCUUGGUGUCCUGCAAGACAAGAAACUGCAGCAUGUUCCUGGAACCGCCACUCUUGACGACUUCGACCCAGCAAACCAGUUGCGAGGCGCGACCAAUAUCAAGAGAAGAAAAGACGGCAUCAUCCUCGUUCCUCAGCCUAGCGACGAUCCGAAGGACCCUCUGAACUGGCCUCUAUGGCGUCGCGAUCUGAUCACAGGCGUGCUCUGUAUGCUCUCCCUGUUGGCGUCCACCCUCUCCCCUCUGCUGGCCGCCAACUCGGUCUCUCUCAUUCUGUACUUCAACAAAUGUACAGACCCGCCAUGCGAUCCUAAUCGACGCCGCUACUCAAUCGACGAUGUCGCGCUCCUGACCGGAUACCACUUGCUGGGAGUCGGUGUCGCAGGCUUUAUCUUCGUGGCCAUGGCUCGUGUAUGGGGGAAGCGACAUCUUUAUCUCCUCGGCACCGUGCYCAUCAUCAUCAGCUCGGCGUGGGGAGGUGCGAGUAACACAAACUACGACUCCCUGAUGGCGGCGAGAGUCUUCCAAGGUGUUGGACUGGCGCCGUUUGAAGCCCUGGUCAAUGUAUCGGUAGGAGACCUGUACUUUGUGCAUGAGCGAGGCAAGCGCAUGGCCCUGACAAACUUGUCCCUCUUUGGCGGCGCUUUCCUCACCCCGGUCAUCGUCGGGAAAAUCACUAGCACGCUAGGCUGGCAGUGGACUUUCUACUUCAUUGCAAUAUCCAUGGCAUGUCUCCUUCCGGCUGUGAUUUUCUAUUGUCCGGAGACUUCUUACAAUCGCWGCUCCAACUUCAAUACCGACACAUCAUGGGACAAGGAAGGUGUUGAGCGCUCAAGCCAGAGCCAUGAGCUGCGUAACCCAUUUGUUUCGGAGGAGGACAGCACGCAGAAAUCGAGUUCGCGUCCAAACACUUCAACCGGUCCAAUCGAAUACGAACCGACCAAGGACUUCAAGUUCAUCACUCGCGAACACAUCAUGCCUUUCAACGGCCGCUUCUCAGAGGAAGCGUUCUGGAAGCUCCUGCUCCGACCUUUGCCGCUAUUCUUCCACCCCGGGAUCUUCUGGGCAUGUUUGAUUCAAGGUGCUAUUAUUGGCUGGACUGUCCUGAUUGGUAUUGUUCUUGCGGCAAUCAUGAUUGGCGCACCCCUAUUUUUUGACGAAGUCRAGACCGGCUACAUGUACACGGGCGCUUUCGUCGGUGCCAUCAUCGGUUUUGUGAUCGCUGGUGUUCUGUCUGAUAGCUCGGCAAAGUGGCUCACCAAGAAGAACAACGGAAUUUACGAGCCUGAAUUCCGUAUGAUCCUCGUCAUCCCGCAGCUCAUGUUUGGAGCUGCAGGAUUGUACGGCUUUGGAUGGACUUCCGAUCACACAGUCCGUUACGGCUGGUUCUGGCCUGACUUCUUCUUCUCACUGGAAGUCAUCGGAAUGGUCAUUGGGGCUGUAGCAUCUGCACUAUACAUUGUGGAUGCGCACAGGGACCUCGCCGUUGAGGGUUUCACUUGUUUGUUGAUCUUCAAGAACAUCUUCUCGUUCGGAUUGACAUUCAGUGGUCUUCAUUGGCUGAGAGAAGGGAUUUGGGGAGUAUUCUGGGUCAUCUCGACUGUCCAGGUCAUCAUCUGCCUGGCGACUAUACCGAUGUAUAUAUUCGGAAAGCGGAAUCGCUCCUUCUUCGCCAGGCACGACAUUUUGGAAAUCUGCAAGCUCAAGUAA